ACAAUGUACUUUGUGCAGGGAACGCUCUGUAUGGAUGCGCGCGAGCUGUCGUAAAAGUGCCUCUCGCUGUGUGGUGCCAGGUGUUGCCCAGGGGUACAAGUCAACCCCACUAUUGACAAAAGCACAAGUUGCAUAAGUCACAGAACAACGUAUGUACUAUACUUUUUUUACUGAGGUUGGUCGCUAAGACGUAAGGGCCAUUCAUCCCGCUCGCACCCAACGGUUAAGGCUUAGCGCACUGGCGUAGCAGUAAAUUGAAGACGACUUUGCAUUAUAUACAAAUAGGAUAGCAUGUCGUCGGCAGCGGAAAAACCAAAAGUCGAUGCUGCCAGCCGCGCCUUUUCACGGUUCGGCCUGUCGGGCCGUACCGCACUCGUCACCGGGGCAACUCGGGGCAUUGGAAAAGCAAUUGUUGAGGAGCUUGCAGGCCUCGGCGCAGAUGUGUACGUGUGUGCCCGAAGCGCUGAAGACCUGGAGGCCAGACUUGCGGAGUGGCGCACAGCCGGACUUGCCGUAAGGGGCAGUGUGUGUGACGUGUCGGAGCGGCAGCAGCGGCUGCAGCUUGCGGAGCGAGUGGCCGCGGAGUUUGGGGGCAAGCUGCACAUCCUAGUCAAUAACGUGGGCACGAACAUCCGUAAACCCACAGUGGAAUACACGGAGGAGGAGUUCAGCUUCAUGAUGCGGACCAACGUGGAAUCCGCGUACCACCUCUGCCAGGCCUGUCAGCCACUGCUGGCUGCAAGCGGGGACGGCUGCAUCGUGUUCAACACCUCGGUUGCAGGAGGACCCACAGCCAUGCGCUCUGGAACGCUGUACGCCAUGAGUAAGGCCGCACUGAAUCAACUGACCAAGAACCUGGCGUGCGAGUGGGCGGGCGCAGGCAUCCGGGUCAACUCGGUGGCUCCCUGGUACACAGCCACGGACCUGGCGCUACAGGUGCUGCAGAAUGAGUCAUUCAAGGCGGAGGUGCUGUCACGGACACCACUCAAGCGGAUCGCGCAACCUGAGGAGGUGGCGGGCACUGUGGCCUACCUGUGCAGCCCCGCCGCCGCCUACGUGACGGGGCAGAUCAUCCAGGUGGACGGCGGCUACUCGGUGAUGGGCCUCUACUGAUCUGCCGCCGUACAUCUGCCGUACAUCUGCCGUACCUGAACAUACGAGUCUGUGUCGUACGACUUCGUACGCUUCAUACUCAGCAUGGAUGCAUGCAUGACGCCCUGUACACCUAGAAGUAGAAGUAAGAUAGGAAACGGAGGGGAGGUAGGCCUAGUAAGCAGCGAGUUGAGAGGUCUGUGCAGCCACAGUCAGGGGUGCUGAUAGCGUACAGACGAGGGAAGGAGGGUGGUUUACAUGUGGGGCCGAGUGUGGGCCACAGGGCGGGGUAGGAUGAGACAUUGGGCAUGCGCAGCAUGUCGUGCAGGCAUGGGCAUGAUAGAGGCUUGGGGUCAUGCAACAAUCCCUUGGUUGGGGCCUGCUGGUGUUUAUUGUUCUCCAUAUUGUUGCGUUGUUUGCCAUCGCUGCCACCGUUACUGUACUUUCACGUAUUGCCGUAUAUCCACCGUACUCGUGUUACUCGGCUUUGUUGAAUUUGGCACCCUAGCGUUUGUUUGAAGCGUUCGUCCGUAGACGACAUUCGACGUAAUGUGGACCCAGUGCGCCCUCGCUGGCCCACGGGUCACUCUUUCACAAAGCAAAGGAAGCGGUCUAUGGAGUCGCAUAACCUGUUUGCUUGGCUUUUCCUAGCACCAACGCGAAGGAAUGUGCGCGUGAAUGCGGAUGGGACGAAGGUGCUGGAAGAGUUGAAUGAUGCACAGUGGUAGGACAACAAUUCCUUGCGAAUUGCAUGCUUGGGAGCGAAAGGCCAUCAAAAUAAGUAUGAGAAGUCAGAUACGCAAAAACAGAGCAAAUACCGAGGCCAGAUGCACUGUACUGCUGUUAUGCUGUGCUGGAAUGGAGGAUGACGCGCUCGGCCUCGUGAAGAACCUGUGAAAAGUAUGCGUAACCGCUA